GUGAGAAUCGCCCAGCAGCAUCUCAGCCGAGCAGCAGCGCAAAAAUGCACUGAACUACGCAUCUUAGGACAUUUCCACCCUCUUUCGGUUUGCCAUGAGGGCGUGUGAUGGAAAUAACGGGGAUGUUCGCACCGGAUUACGUCCCUUUAUUUUGAGAGAAAUGCGGAUUGUUUUGCACUCGAGGUGUUAACGCAGAAAAAAAAUACAAAAAUGAAGAAGCAAUUCAAUCGGAUGCGGCAGCUCGCCAACCAGACUGUUGGCAGGGCGGAAAAAACAGAGGUACUGAGCGAAGACCUGCUGCAGGUGGAGAAGCGUUUAGACCUGGUGAAGCAGGUCUCUCACAGCACACAUAAGAAGCUGACCGCCUGUCUGCAGGGACAACAAGGCACCGAUUUAGACAAGAGAUCAGUCAAAUCACCCUCGAAAAAGUUGCCUCUGACGAUACUUGCUCAAUGUAUGGUGGAGGGAGCAGCUGUUUUAGGAGACGACUCUCUUCUUGGUAAGAUGCUGAAGCUCUGUGGUGACACGGAGGAGAAGCUGGCCCAAGAGCUGCUCGUCUUUGAGUUUCAGAUCGAAAGAGAUGUUGUGGAGCCUUUGUAUGUGCUGGCUGAGGUGGAAAUUCCAAACAUUCAGAAACAGCGAAAACACUUAGCCAAACUCGUCCUGGACAUGGAUUCAGCAAGGACACGGUGGCAGCAGUCAUCCAAAUCUUCAAGUCACCCUAGUAAUGUGCAGCAGGGCGGAGCUAAGUCUGAUUCCCUGAGAGAGGAAAUGGAGGAGACCGCCAAUCGGAUGGAAAUCUGCAGGGACCAGUUAUCAGCGGACAUGUACAACUUUGUGGCCAAAGAAAUAGACUAUGCAAACUACUUUCAAACGCUCAUAGAGGUACAGGCGGAGUAUCACAGGAAGUCUUUGGAGAUUCUGCAGAGUGUGCUGCCACAGAUCAAAGCUCACCAGGAGGCCUGGAUAGAGAAACCAUCGUAUGGAAAGGCCUUGGAGGAACAUCUAGCCAUCAGUGGCAGAGAGAUUGCGUUUCCUAUCGAGGCGUGCGUCACCAUGCUGCUCGAAUGUGGCAUGCAGGAAGAGGGUUUAUUUCGGGUGGCCCCCUCGGCCUCCAAGCUGAAGAAACUGAAGGCGUCCCUGGACUGCGGGGUUCUGGAUGUGCAGGAGUACUCGGCCGACCCACAUGCCAUCGCGGGAGCGUUGAAGUCUUAUCUUCGUGAACUUCCCGAACCUCUAAUGACCUUUGAACUCUAUGAUGAAUGGAUUCAAGCUUCAAAUAUUCAAGAUAUGGAUAAAAGACUCCAAGCCCUUUUGUGUACAUGUGAGAAACUACCAGCAGACAAUCUGAACAACUUCAGAUAUUUAAUCAAGUUCUUAGCCAAACUCACGGAGCAUCAAGACUCUAAUAAAAUGACGCCAGGUAAUAUUGCAAUAGUCCUUGGACCCAACCUGCUGUGGACACAUUCAGAAGGGAACAUGACAGAGAUGAUGACCACCAUGUCCCUGCAAAUCGUGGGCAUCAUCGAGCCGAUCAUCCAGCAUGCGGACUGGUUCUUCCCUGGAGAUAUCGAGUUCAACCUGACAGGCAGUUACGGCAGCCCGGUCCACACCAACCACAACUCCAACUACAGCUCCAUGCCCUCGCCCGAUAUGGACCAAUCAGAGCGCAAGCAGCAGCACGACCAGAGCCGCCGCCCACUCAGCGUUGCUACUGACAACAUGAUGCUGGAAUUCUACAAGAAGGACGGCAUUAGGAAAAUUCAAAGCGUGGGUGUCAGAGUCAUGGACACAUCGUGGGUGAAGGGCAAAAGUUCGUCCACACUGGCCCGCAAAGCCUCAUCCACGCCUCCCAGCGCCCAGCCGCCCGGCUCUCCGGCAGACACCCUGAUCACUGAGCAGCCCGGUGAGCUGGCCACAUCUCCAAUCCCCACCCCCCCUCCUGGAGACAGGGGCAGCUCAGACGACGUGUCGCCCAAUCGGCCGGAUUCCUCACAUGUCUAUUCGUCCCACGUGGAGGAGCGGCCACCCCCUCCGUACCCUUCCUCGUCCUCCCAUCCCGGCCCUCACCACUUCUACCCCAAGCCCCCUCCCUGCGCUCGGCCCGUCGCCCCCGGGCCCGAAUCCCAGCCUCCCGGCUCCCCUCCUCCGCCCCUGCGCUGGGUGGGCUUUGGCCCACCCCUUCCCCAGCCCCAACCACCACCGUCCUCUUCCUCCUCCUCUUCCUCUUCCUCACUCGAUAUCAACUCCAACCCCAAGCCUAGCUGCCUGCACUUUUCCAAACACGGCCCCGUGUGUGACGCGCCGCAUGCCGCUCCCCCUGACGCCACUGCCUCACCCCUCUACAUUAAAACCCCUCUCGUGCUGACCCGCCACGACGUGUCCCUCGAAACCCCUAGCCUCCCCUCCUCCGCCCCCCCGCCGUGGGCCGCCUGUCCAUGUGCCUGCGAGAGAGGACCCCCCAGGCUGACUAGCACUCUAAAGAGCAAGGAGCUCUCUCCUGUGAUUGGCCACAAGGCUGUGCAGGCGUCAGGAGCAACAUUGCCCCCUGUCGGCGGUCAACAGAGCAACAGCCAGUCUCCCCACUCUGCCGAGCACAGCCCCCACACCUUACGCAAAGCUUCUAAGAAAUUGGCCCCUGUGCCGCCCAAGGUUCCCUACGGCCAGUCGUCGGGGAUGUCAGACCAAUCCACAGGUCAGCCGUCUCCGGUUAGCCUGUCCCCCACUCCCCCAAGUACCCCCUCCCCAUACGGUUUGGGCUGUCCCCCUGGACACGCGCCCACCUCUUCCCCUGGCCAAACCCCAUUAGGGGGACCCCAUACGUUGUCCUCGCCGCCCUCUCUGACUGGUACGCUCACAAAGUCCCGACCCACCCCAAAGCCCAGGCAGAGACCCAGUCUACCCCCUCCCCAGCCACCCACCGUCCCCUACGGCCCCCAGCCCCUGGAGCAGGGUCUACUUGACGGAUUGUCCCCCGGGGAGAGCAUGUCCACAGCAGAUUUCUUCAGUUUGGAAAUUCCCUCCAUCAACGUCAAUCUGGACAGCCUCUUGGACGAGUUCAGGGUGGUCCCGUGUCGGAGCUCCUUUGCUGCGGUCAGCUCUCCGGAGGGGGAGUCCGUGUCCGAGGAGGAGGGCCAAAGCACCACGCUAUGACCCCUGAGCCCACCCAUCAGCAUGCCAGCUUCACCCAGAACCCAUCAACUCCUGCUGAGGCCCAACUGGAAACCCACCUUGGCCAAACCCUCAGUCACGGAUAUUACACAAGAGACUCGAUAAGACGCCAACCACACAACAGGUGCCA